CGGCUGACGUCAGCGCUCUCUUCCGCCCGCUCUGCGCUCGCCAGCGAGACAGGGCCGAGCCGCCGCCAUUGCCGCGACCCCCCCGCCCCGCAGCAUCCGCCGCCAUCCGCCACCAUGGUGAACUUCACGGUAGACCAGAUACGGGCCAUCAUGGACAAAAAGGCCAACAUCAGGAACAUGUCCGUGAUCGCCCACGUGGACCACGGCAAAUCCACGCUGACGGAUUCCCUGGUGUGCAAGGCCGGGAUCAUCGCCUCGGCGCGUGCCGGGGAGACACGCUUCACCGACACCCGCAAGGACGAGCAGGAGCGGUGCAUCACCAUCAAAUCCACAGCCAUUUCUCUGUUUUAUGAGCUCUCUGAGAAUGACUUGGCCUUCAUCAAGCAGAGCAAGGAUGGUUCUGGUUUCUUGAUCAACCUCAUUGACUCCCCUGGGCACGUCGACUUCUCCUCAGAGGUCACUGCAGCUCUGCGAGUCACUGACGGUGCGCUGGUCGUGGUGGACUGUGUCUCUGGCGUGUGCGUGCAGACAGAGACUGUGCUGCGUCAGGCCAUCGCCGAGAGGAUCAAGCCCGUGCUGAUGAUGAACAAGAUGGACCGAGCGCUGCUGGAGCUGCAGCUGGAGCCAGAGGAGCUGUACCAGACCUUCCAGCGCAUCGUGGAGAACGUCAACGUCAUCAUCUCCACCUACGGAGAGGGAGAGAGCGGCCCCAUGGGCAACAUCAUGAUUGACCCGGUGCUCGGGACCGUGGGCUUUGGCUCGGGCCUGCACGGCUGGGCCUUCACCCUCAAGCAGUUUGCUGAGAUGUACGUGGCAAAGUUUGCUGCCAAGGGAGAUGCCCAGCUCAGCCCAGCCGAGCGUGCCAAGAAAGUUGAGGACAUGAUGAAGAAGCUGUGGGGAGACAGAUACUUUGACCCUGCUACUGGCAAGUUCAGCAAAUCUGCUACCAGCCCUGAUGGAAAGAAACUGCCCAGGACCUUCUGCCAGCUCAUCCUUGACCCCAUCUUCAAGGUUUUCGACGCCAUCAUGAACUUCAAGAAGGAGGAGGCGGCAAAACUGAUUGAGAAACUGGACAUCAAGCUGGACAGCGAGGACAAGGACAAGGAGGGCAAACCCCUGCUGAAGGCCGUGAUGAGGCGGUGGCUGCCAGCUGGAGAUGCCCUGCUGCAGAUGAUCACCAUCCACCUGCCUUCCCCCGUCACAGCCCAGAAGUAUCGCUGCGAGCUGCUCUACGAGGGCCCCCCCGACGAUGAGGCUGCCAUAGGCAUUAAGAACUGUGACCCCAAAGGCCCCCUGAUGAUGUACAUCUCCAAAAUGGUGCCAACCUCUGACAAGGGACGUUUCUACGCUUUUGGCCGUGUCUUCUCUGGUCUCGUCUCAACUGGCUUGAAAGUCAGAAUCAUGGGACCAAACUACACACCUGGCAAGAAGGAGGAUCUGUACCUGAAGCCAAUUCAAAGGACCAUCCUCAUGAUGGGCCGCUACGUGGAGCCCAUCGAGGACGUGCCUUGUGGGAACAUCGUGGGGCUGGUGGGCGUGGACCAGUUCCUCGUGAAGACCGGAACCAUCACCACCUUCGAGCACGCUCACAACAUGAGGGUGAUGAAGUUCAGCGUCAGCCCCGUGGUGCGCGUGGCCGUGGAGGCCAAGAACCCGGCCGACCUGCCCAAGCUGGUGGAGGGGCUGAAGCGCCUGGCCAAGUCUGACCCCAUGGUGCAGUGCAUCAUCGAGGAGUCUGGGGAGCACAUCAUCGCUGGCGCUGGGGAGCUGCACCUGGAGAUCUGCCUGAAGGACCUGGAGGAGGACCACGCCUGCAUCCCCAUCAAGAAAUCAGAUCCCGUGGUGUCCUACCGCGAGACGGUCAGUGAGGAGUCCAACGUGAUGUGCCUUUCCAAGUCCCCCAACAAACACAACCGGCUGUACAUGAAGGCGCGGCCCUUCCCCGACGGCCUGGCCGAGGACAUCGACAAGGGCGAGGUGUCGGCGCGGCAGGAGCUGAAGCAGCGGGCGCGGUACCUGGCCGAGAAGUACGAGUGGGACGUCACCGAGGCCAGGAAGAUCUGGUGCUUCGGGCCCGACGGCACCGGCCCCAACAUCCUCACCGACAUCACCAAGGGAGUGCAAUACCUCAACGAGAUCAAGGACAGCGUGGUGGCUGGCUUCCAGUGGGCCACCAAGGAGGGCGUGCUGUGCGAGGAGAACAUGCGAGCCGUGCGUUUCGACGUGCACGACGUGACCCUGCACGCCGACGCCAUCCACCGCGGCGGCGGCCAGAUCAUCCCCACGGCGCGGCGCUGCCUCUACGCCUGCGUGCUCACCGCCCAGCCGCGCCUCAUGGAGCCCAUCUACCUGGUGGAGAUCCAGUGCCCGGAGCAGGUGGUGGGAGGCAUCUACGGGGUGCUGAACAGGAAGCGUGGCCACGUGUUUGAGGAGACCCAGGUGGCCGGGACCCCCAUGUUCGUGGUCAAGGCCUACCUGCCUGUCAACGAGUCCUUUGGUUUCACAGCGGAUUUGAGGUCCAACACGGGGGGCCAGGCCUUCCCCCAGUGCGUCUUUGACCACUGGCAGAUCCUGCCCGGGGAUCCCUUCGACAGCGCCAGCCGGCCGUGCCAGGUGGUGGCCGAGACCCGCAAACGCAAAGGGCUGAAGGAAGGAAUCCCCGCCCUCGACAACUUCCUGGACAAACUCUAAUGAAACUCAUGGAACUCUGUGGGAGAACAGGAAAAAAAAAAAAAUUAAUUAAAUUAGCGUUAUCGCCCAUGCCGCCCAGGGGGGGUGGAUGCUUUGUGACCCGCCAUCUUGUUAAUUAAAUGGGUUUCAUAGCGAUUUUCGAGAACUUCAAAAUGAGGAAAUGAAACAAAAAGACAAAAAAAAAAAAAAAAAAAAAGCAAGCCUUAUAGGUUUCUGUGUUGCACAUGA